AAUUCCUACUGCACUCUGUAGCGGGCUAUAAUUACCAUGGCUAGCAAGCUUGCCGCCUCAGCUCUCAUGCUAGCAUUGCUGGGUUGCGUGGCCCACACGUGCCAAGCAGGCUACGGGUAUCCUUACCCGGUAUCGGCACCCAAGAGCACUCCACCUGCUGCCCCGACGCUCAACUAUGCUCACUACUACAAGACUUGCAAAGGAGCAGAGAACAUCGUCAGAGACGUUGUGCAGGAGGAGAUUAAACGCAACCCUGGCAUUGGCGCGGGCCUCAUCCGUCUCUUCUUUCACGACUGCUUCGUCCAGGGUUGUGAUGCGUCGGUCCUCCUAGACAGGACCCCGGCCAAUGAAUCGACGGAGAAGUUUGGCCUCCCUAACAUCGGUAGCCUCCGCGGAUUUGAAGUGAUUGAUAAGAUUAAGACCAAGCUCGAGGCUAAGUGCAAGGGUGUCGUCUCGUGCGCAGACAUUGUCGCCUUUGCUGGACGUGACGCAACCUACUUCCUCAGUAACAAGAAGGUAUACUUUGAAAUGCCGGCUGGUCGCUAUGAUGGACGCGUCUCUUCUGCGAGCGAGACCCUCUUCAACCUGCCCCCUCCUUUCGGCAACAUCACGGUGCUCGAGGCUAUGUUUGCAGCCAAGGGGCUCAGCCUUGACGAGAUGGUCACCCUAUCCGGCGCGCAUACUGUCGGGAUCUCCCACUGCUCCUCCUUCGGUGACCGUCUGCCGCGCAACGCCUCGGACCCAAUGGCCAUGAACUCUAGGUUUGCGAACUCGGUGACAAGAAAGUGCAAGAGUGGUAGCUCCACGGUGGAUCAAGACUUCAAAACCCCUAACAAGCUGGACAACCAAUACUACAAGAAUGUGCUCAACCAUGAAGUGUUGUUCACAUCGGAUGCUGCACUUGAGUCAUCCAAGACAAAGAGAUUGGUGAAGCAAAAUCUGACCCCAUAUGUGUGGGAGACUAAGUUCAAGCAAGCCAUGAGGAAGAUGGGUGCCAUUGGGGUGAAAACCAGCGCUAAUGGGGAGAUCAGGAAGAACUGCCGGCUCAUCAACUAGCGAUUGUUCAUUCAAUGAAAUCGGGACUACGUGCUUCGGUCAUCAUGGCGGCUCUUGAUCACACUGGAGAACGAACGGAAUAACCUCCUUUUUUGUUUGUGCUAUUAUUGAAGUUUGUGUGAAUUUUACAUUAAAGCUUUCAUUCAUUCCUGUGGUUCAGUUGAUUUUACUGAAAUUUUGUUUGUGCACUUCUAUUAUUUAUGAGAUGUUCAGGUUUGUUUUAAACGACA